AUGUCUUCGGGAUUCGUUUCAGCCGGGACCAACGAGCAGCCUGUUGAGCGUGACGAUGAGUGGCUACGCGCGCAGAAGGAAUUGGACGAGGAGCGGAGGCGCAAGGCGGAGAUAGGCAAGCAGACCGACGGGAAGAGUCUGUUCGAGGUGCUGGAGGCGAACAAGAGUGAGCCUCUCUUGUGGAUCCGGGGCGCCUACAAGCGCGCAGGGGUGAUUUUCUGGCGUCUAGUGGCCAAACAGGAAGCAUUUGAGGAAAAAACGCGUCUCAAGAAUCAAUUUCGCGCCCUGGACGAAGAUGAGUCCACUCGCGCUCAAGAGGCAGCCGUGAAGAAGGAGACGGCGGACCAGCUUGAACUUUUUCGCAAGCAGCGCGAAGAGGCGGAGAAGGCUAUGCUUGGUCCGGCCUCCUCGGAGGUGACACGCGCAGAGGAGGAAGAAUGGACAAUUCUCGCGCGUAAGAGACGGCGUGACAAGGGUAAAGACUUGCUGCUUCCCGGCAAGAAGCGCAAAGCUUCCAGUGCGGAGGGCAGUGUAAAGCCCGAUACGUCUAAAGAUGAGGAAUCGAGUCAAGGGAAAGGACCAGCUCCUGAAAAGACUUCUGCGCAGUCUACAAACACGACUACUUUAGACACAAGUACGACUCCCACGGUGGCUGGAAAUGCCACACACAGCUCAUCUACAAGCAAGCAACCAGAGGUCAAGGCACCGACUAAACCAGCAGCUGCAUCCCUUGGACUGGUCGCGUAUGGGUCGGAUUCAGACUCAGAUUAA